AAUGCCACCAUAGUUUCCUCACUAUCUAUCUUCCAAUCAAAAAUCAAAAUCAAAAUUUCUCACUUUCACAUACCCCGGUACGAUCCCCACUACCGGUUCCACCGUGGUCGUCCACUAGAUACAUAAAAAGAUGUUCUCUCCAUCUCAUUACAAGACAAUCUCCUCACUAUCUCUAUCAUCCAAAUUUUAACAAUUAUUUCUUUCUUUUUGACAUAUUCCGGUAUGAUCACCACCACCUGUUGCACUGUGGUCGCCCAGUUAGGCUUGCCCUUUGGAUCUUCCUUGUCCUCUCUCUGCCUGACCCGUCCGAACAAAAAGCCGUCCUUGUUCACCUCAUGUUGCUCCUCUGUGUCCAAAAAUGUUGGCGCUAGUGCUGCUGACAGCAAACACGUCGUGGAACGGUGGCCAGAGUACAUUCCGAAUAAGCUCCCUGACAAGAACUAUGUGCGUAUUUUUGACACGACGCUCCGUGACGGCGAACAAGCUCCUGGUGCAGCCCUUACUCCACCGCAGAAGCUAGAGAUUGCCCGGCAGCUCGCUAAGCUCCGAGUAGACAUCAUGGAAGUUGGUUUCCCUGGGUCCUCUGAGGAAGAGUUCGAAACCGUCAAGACCAUCGCCAAGACCGUAGGGAACGAGGUGGAUGAGGAAACAGGCUACGUCCCAGUGAUAUGCGCCCUCGCACGAUGCAAACAUAGAGACAUUGAGGCGGUUUGGGAGGCGGUGAAGUACGCAAAGAGGCCUUCGAUACUCAUAUUCAUAUCUACUAGUGACAUUCAUAUGAAACAUAAGUUGAAAAAGACUAAAGAAGAAGUCAUAGAGAUGGCAGCAAGUAGUAUUAGGUUUGCUAAGAACUUAGGCUUCAAUGACAUCCAAUUGGGUUGCGAAGAUGCCGGCAGGUCGGAUAAGGAGUUUCUAUGCAAGAUUCUAGGAGAAGCGAUCAAAGCGGGUGCAACCACGAUGAACAUGGCAGACACGGUAGGGAUCAACAUGCCGGAAGAAUUUGGAGAACUCGUGAGCUACCUUAAAGCCAACACUCCUGGAAUUGACGAUGUUGUCUUAAGCGUUCAUUGUCACAACGACCUUGGUGUUGCUACCGCCAACGCAAUCGCCGGUGUGUGUGCUGGAGCAAGACAAGUUGACGUUACGGUCAAUGGAAUAGGUGAAAGAUGUGGGAACGCGCCACUUGAAGAGGUCGUGAUGGCUUUGAAAUGCCGAGGAGCAUACCUGAUGAAUGGGGUUUACACAAGAACAGACAUACGCCAAAUUAUGGCUACUAGCAAGAUGGUUCAGGAAUAUACUGGCUUUUAUGUUCAACCACAUAAGCCCAUAGUUGGAGCCAACAGUUUUUUUCAUGAGAGCAGCGAUGAAUAUGAUGGUUGUUCAAACAUUUUGCAGGAUAUGGAUUAUUGAAAAAAAAAGAUUAUUAACAUUCAUACCAAAAAAAGAAAAAAAUAUAGAUAUGGAUUAUUGAAAAAUCGGAGAAAUUUUCUUACGUCAAGAUUGGUGAAUUUGUUUUUAUAUGGAUUUCUUUCUUUCUUCACAUUAUAUAUUUUAAAAUUAUUUAAAAUGAAAUUCAACACCGUCCAUUAAUAUAAAUUAGUUAGUGGAAACCACGUCCGAACGUAGUGCCGAUGUGGUAAUCACGUAAUUUUUUGUUGUGUGGCAAAACUUAAGGGUUCAACAUUCGCCACGUAUCCCGUAUUAGUAGAAAUCAACCACUCACACGUCACAAUAACCGUUUUUUUUUUUUUACUUUAUCGGCGUUUUAGAGUCCGUUACACGUGCGAUCCUCCGUUGCAGUUCAUGCCUGUCUCAAACUAUUAUUUAUCCUUUUUCAAAUUUUAUUAAACUGAUAUUUAAUAUAUUAAAGAGUAUAGUUGGAAUCCAAUUUUUAUGAUACUUGUUUUUAUAUCUGAAUCGGAGUUCUACUCGUAUUCCCGUACGUAUUAAAAACAGUCAUGUUGCAGUUAUUCGAGUUUCUUUGAGUACAUCACAAGAAUUUUUUACAUUUACGUACACGUGCAAAUAGCAAUCCCAAAUAUUUUGGGAUGUUGAUUAUAUAUAGAGCAACAGGCAAAAAAAUAUAGAUAAAACACUUUUUAAAAUAAAAUUAUUACUCAGGAAGUGUUUAUGGCCACUUUUAAUGUAUGAAUAAUUUAUAACUUGUCACGAGUUGAAAAGAAACAAUUUCAUAAGUCGCGAACCAAGAAGAACCUUAGUAUUCGCAUUUUGUAAAAAAAAAAAAUUGGUAAACAAAUUCGAUAUUCACACGCAUACAUAGACAUGUAUUUAAUAUAUAUCGUACACUCGGGAUAUUUGUUUUCUCCACAAACUCACACUUUUCGUUUCCCUUCCUACGAAACAGAUAACCGCCGCUUAAACAAUGCUCCGGCUAAGCAACGCCGCCGUGAUAACAACGAACGCAAUCCUGGCAUUGAUCGGCCUUGCCACCUUAUGUUUUUCUGUCUACGUCUUCAUCGAAGGUCCAUCACAGUGUCAACGAUUCAUUCAAAACCCUCUCAUCGUAACAGCGAUUCUCCUCUUCUUCGUCUCUUCAUUAGGCCUCAUCGCUGCUCUCUACGGCAGCCACGUCAUCAUUACGCUCUACCUCUUCUUCCUCUUCCUCUCCAUUCUUCUCCUCCUCGCUCUCUCCAUCUUCAUCUUCAUCGUCACCAAUCCUACCGCCGGCAAAGCGUUUUCCGGCAAGGGAAUAGGAAAUGUCAAGACCGGCAAUCUUCAGAACUGGAUCGGAAACCAUUUUCUUCAAGGGAAGAACUGGGAAGGGAUCAAAAGAUGCAUGUCUGAUUCUACGAUUUGUAAGUUUGGUCCACGUGUCGUUGACUUUGACGCCAAACAUCUCUCGAAUGUAAAGUUCGGAUGUUGUCGACCUCCCGUAGAAUGUGGCUUUGAAUCAAAGAAUGCCACGUGGUGGACAGUUCCGGCAACAGCAAUGAUGACAGGGGACUGCAAAACAUGGAGUAACACUCAGAGUGAGUUGUGCUAUGCCUGCGAGUCUUGUAAGAUUGGAGUUUUCAAAGGGAUAAGAAAAAGAUGGAGGAUCCUGCUCGUCUUCAAUCUUCUACUCAUCCUUCUCGUCGUUCUUCUUUACUCAUGUGGCUGCUGUGUCCGAAACAACAACCGUGUUCCAUGGAAGCGCCGCUUCCUCUAAUAACUUCUUUCCAUAUUUGUUUCUUCUUCUUCCAACAUUAAUUAAUUAAUUCUUCAUUUCUAUUAUCUUUCUUUUUGAAGUACUUAACUUGAUGUAUGAUGAUGUUUCCUUUGAAUAUGAAUAUCGGUUUGCAACUCGAUUA